AAACGGGGGUAACUCUGCUUCUCCAAAUUGCAGCUCAAUGCGAAGGCUUGAAUAGUCGGCGCAUUCUCACUUCUCCAUUCUAUCGGACGCCCGAUUCUAGAGGGCUUUUAUCUCUUUACGGUUACAUUGACCUCCCGACUGAGAGAGAUGUGACUCUUUUCAACCAGAUGUGGCAGCGAGCAGACGAUUCACUCCUCGGGAUAUGAAUCCGGUGGUCGGGACAAGGGAUUAACAAUCUGUUCUCAUAGCUACCUCAUUCGGGAUAUGACGUUUCGUUGAAAUCUAGUAUAAGAAGUCAGGAGGGCCGUCAAGCGUUGUCCAACUCAACUUCCACGCUCAAUUUGCUCUCUGUAUAAAGAAUAAGACAUCAUGGUCAAGAUUGCAGUUGCGGGCGGGACAGGAAACAUUGCCGGCGAGAUUAUUGAGGCGUUGCUCUCAAAGAACAGACAUCAGGUGGUUGUUCUUACUCGCAAAGACGCUCCUAUUGACCCUAUAGUCCACCCUGACAUCACCUAUGUCAAGGUCGACUACAAAGACAAGGCGUCACUGACCAAUGCAUUGCGCGGGGUCCACACCGUGCUUUCCUUCAUUGUGGUGGUUCUCGACCCCGGGAGUGUUGCGCAGAAGAAUCUCAUCGAUGCUUCUAUCGAAGCAGGCGUAAAGAGAUUCGCACCUAGUGAAUGGGGAUCGUCCAAUGUCACGGCAGUACCUUGGUACGUAGAGAAGGAGACCGUUAGAGAAUAUCUUCGAGAAGUGAACCGAGAGAGGAAGGUCCUGGAAUACUGCUUAUUCCAAUGCGGCAUCUUCUCCAAUAAUCUCGCAACUCCUCACAAGACUGCUAAGCAUCUUGUUCCUAUCAUGCUUCCCUUUGACUUCCAAAACCGCCGAGCUAUCGUGUUGGAAGGCCGCAAUGAUAUUGAUAGCGUGACCUUCACGAAAGUUCAAGAUGUCGCUAAUAUCGUUGCCGAGGCUAUAGAUUACGAAGGCGAAUGGCCUGUGGUCGGGGGCAUCCGUGGAAACAACCUUACAGUCGGACAGGUCCUGGCACUGGGAGAAAAAAUCAGAGGUAAACCAUUCGCCGUCGAAACACUAACGUUGGAGGACAUCGAGUCAGGAAAUAUCAACACGUCCUGGUACCCUGUGCUCGAGCAUCCGUCCAUACCAAAGGAAGAGAUUGAGUCGUUCUCGAAGAUGGCUCUUGGAGGCACUCUAAUUGGUAUAGCAAAGGCUGCUUACACGAUACCAACUGAUGAGUGGAACAAGCUUCUUCCCUCAUACAAGUUCGCGGACAUCGAGGAGUUCCUGUAUGAGGCAUGGGCCGGGAAGCCUUAGGCUACGGGAUAGAGAUAUAUGGUGAAUGGUGACGAAUGCUGCGUUCCGCUCUAACGUGUACAAUAGCUUGAAUCAUAAUGUUCUCGAACAUAGAGACAUUUCCUCUGACCCAGGCUCAUCGUCUGCCUAGAUGGUCUUGUCAACGUUUCGCUAGAAGAGACUAUUACUAAGACAAUGUGCAGUAUGUUUCCUCGCUGUUGAAAUCAGCCAUUACUCCGUCCUG